GAAGCUUAAUUGCUUCGCCACAAUAUCAAAAAGUACGGUCGCGUUGUAAUAAUUACUCCGAACCGAAAAGAAAAAAGGCGAAGGAAUUCUUCUUGGAUUUUUCGAACUUUUUGCAAUAUGAACGUUAAGGACAGAGUCGAGUCUGCAAAGCACACCAUAACAGGUUCUAAUUUAGGAAAGGCAGUAUCUAAAGCUACGAGCCAUGAAGUGAUUGGUCCAAAGAAAAAACACAUCAGCUACCUUCAAAACGCAUUAGAAUUUGACAAUGUGAGCAUUCCUGACAUAGCUGAUUCACUGUUUGAAAGAUGCAACAAUUCCAGUUGGGUUGUUGUUUUCAAAUCACUUGUUACAUUUCACCACUUAAUGUCAAAUGCAAACGAACGUUUUAUUCAAUAUGUUGCUUCUCGUUCCACCACAUGGAUGCUGCAUAAUUUUUUGGACAAAGGAGGGGUUCAAGGAUACGAUAUGUCACAUGCGAUUAGAAGAUACUCUGCUUAUUUAGCAGAAAAAGCUUAUGCAUACAGAGCAAUGGGUUAUGAUUUUUGUCGUGUUGCAAGGGGAAAAGAAGCAGGUGUUUUACGUAAUAUGGAAGCACACAAGUUAUUAAAAGCGUUGCCAGCCAUUCAAGUUCAAUUAGAUUCACUCAUUGCCACAGAGAUUGCUUCCAAUGACUUGACUAAUGGUGUGAUAACAGCAGCAUUUAUGGCUUUGUUCAAAGACCUGAUAAAAUUAUUUGCUUGUUAUAAUGAUGGUAUAAUAAAUUUACUUGAGAAAUACUUCGAAAUGAAGAAAUCUGAUUGCAAAGUAGGACUUGAAAUAUAUAAGAGAUUUUUGGCACGUAUGGAAAGAGUAUCUGAGUUUUUAAAAAUUGCUGAGGAUGCAGGUAUAAAUAAAGGAGAAAUUCCUGAUCUGACAAAAGCUCCAAAUAGUUUACUCGCAGCUUUAGAACAGCAUUAUCAGUCGUUAGAAAAGGGAAAAGCUGGAAGUCCUCCUACGAAUCAAGUGACUUUGGCUGCUUUUAAUGUUGGUGAUCAAUCACAAAACAACUUCACCCCGACUCCGCAAGAUGACUAUUUGCUAGAACAAAAAAGGAUGCUUGAAAUGUAUGAAAGUAAUAAAAAAAGAGAGGAUGCACAAAAAUUUCAAAAAGAAAGAGUUCUUCCUGCAGCGUUAAGUGGUCCGCAAAAGAAUCCUGUUAGCCUGCCAGUACAGCAAACACAGCAAUUUGUUUUAACAGAACAGCUUUAUACACAACCACAAAAACCUAGACAAGUGGAUCGACCUUCGGAUGACCUCCUGUUACUUUCUGCUCCACCCUUAAUUGCAUCCACCGGAUUAAGCAACACACAAUCUUUUGAUCAACUUUCAUACCAUCAAAACUCGUCAGGCAUGGGAAUCCAGUAUGUUGAUUUUAAUCAGGCCUUUGCAAGUAAUCAGUCCACCAGUUCGCCCAACCUGAUGGAUAUAUUAAUUCCAGAAGAAAACUCGAGCACUAAUGUAGUUGCAUCAAAUAAUGCACCGGAUGACAGACUGACAGGUGAUCUUAACAAAGGGAUAGAACGCAUGGCAAUGUCCUUAGAUGGUUUAAAUGUAAAUCCUGCAACUUUGAAAGCUAAUACUAUGAAAGGUCAUCAGUGGACCAACCAGCAGCCUGCGAUAAGAACGGGUGGCCAGAAUUUUCAAAUGUCUGGUAUAGCAAGGUCAACGCUACCGCCAGCAGGUUUUGCACAGGCAAUGCCUAUAAGUGGUGGACUGAGAUGCCCUCAAACGAUGCCACCAUUUUCGCAAACUGCACAAUAUGGUUAUGCCAUGCAACAGCCUUCUGUGUAUGGUUAUCAAACGAUGACUGGCCAAUCGCAAAUGAACCAAAUUUAUGGACUCAAUCAACAGCAAUUUAUGAUGUCAAGUAACAUGUCAAACGAAGAUCCUUUCAAGUUAACUUAACCUAACCUUUGCAAUUUGAAAAAGAAAAUUGUAAAUCUAGUUAUUUUACGUUUUUAUGAUUAAUGAAAAUAAAUGCACUGUAUGCUGCACAAUUGUUUAUACUGCUGAUAUUUGGUGAUUAUCGCGUACGUGCAUUUAAUGUAUAGAGUCUGAAAUGUAUUAGGAAUGUUUAACUAUAUACCAUUUUCCGAAGAAUAGAAAUAAACUUCUUAUAUUAAUAAAUUGUGUUUGAUAUUUUUUGUAUUUUUAUUAAGUUAUAUCGUUUCUGUUGAUUUGUAUUUGAUAAAUCUUGUGAUGUCACUUAUGUUGUUUUUUUGUCAAUCGUUUCAGUGAGGUUUUACUAUUAUUAUGUUGUUUUUAUCAAGUAACACUUUUAUUUUAUUUAAUAAAUUUGAAGUGGAUUUGUUUUGACUGAGGCGAAUAUUCUUUAAACUUGGUAUGGAUGUGAUAAGGCGGACAUAUGCAGACAUUUCAAAAUUUCUUCCUGAAAACUAGAAAUAAAACUAAACAUGGUUGUUUUCUUGAGUGAAAAAAAAGAAUUUUCAAACCAAAUUCGCUAAAUGUUAUCCCGCUGAAAUUUUUACGAAUAAGGUAGUUUAUAAAUCGUUUCCAGGUAUAAAAGUCCGCUUGUUUUAUUUUAUAUUGUUUUUGCGAAAUACUUUCCUCCUUUUUUAAUUUAUGUUUUUGUCACGUUGUGUAUUGGUAAUGGUAGUCUUCUCUGGCUAUCACGUAUAUUAUUAGUAGAAUUAUGGAAGAAAUAAUUGUAUCUUUGAAAAAAAAUUGCUUGUCA